ACAGUUGUGUAUGUGUUUCGUGUCGAAGAAGAAGAACGAGAGCAACAAGAAAGAAACAAAUUAUAUUUUCGUCGCGUUGUGCAAACGCUUGGUUCCAGUCUCUGUGUGUGCAAAUCAUUAAGCAAUAAAAUGUCGAAACGACUUGCAACCAGCACUGACGACGGCGCCAGCAAUAAUACAGAACAGAGCGCAACCAAUGCCAACCAAGGCAUCAUAAAUCUGGACGACAGCGACGACGACGACGACGAUAUGCAAUUUGUGGGCAUUGUGCAUCCUGCAAUGCCAACCAUCGAUCUCUGUGUCUCACCAUCCACCUCGGCAGCAGCAGCUGCUGCUGCUGCUGUUUCAGCUACUGCAACUGCUGCUGCCGCUGCACCAUCAACGCCUGCAGCAGCCGAAGCUCUCAAAACUGCCAACAUAGAAACAGACGCUGCUGUUGCCGUUGCGUCGAAUGCGACGCCUGGCGCUGACGCAUCCAAUCCCACCGCCACCCUGGAGUGCCCCAUAUGCCUACAAACGUGCAUUCAUCCCGCCCGCCUGCCCUGCGGUCACAUCUUCUGCUUCUUGUGCGUUAAGGGCGUUGCCUAUAAGAAUCGCCGCUGUGCCAUGUGUCGUCGUGAGAUUCCAGCCGAGUUUCUGGACCAUCCGCAGCUGGUGAACGGCAUCGAUGACAUCUGUGCCACGCGUGCCACCGAGGAUGGCUAUCAGUGGUACUACGAGGGACGGAAUGGUUGGUGGCAAUACGACGAUCGCACCAGCCAGGACAUUGAGGAGGCCUUCAAGAAGGGCGACAAGUCCUGCACCAUACUCGUCGCCGGCUAUGUCUACAUAGUGGAUCUGGAGCAGCUGGUGCAGCAGCGUCAGAACGAGCCGACGCGCUGUCGUCGCGUCAAACGCGAUCUGGCCACCAUACCCAAGAAGGGCGUGGCAGGACUACGCAUCGAGGGCAAUCAGGUGACCAGCGACACGGUGUUCAGUCGUCCGAGCAAUCCGACACCAACGGCUGCCGCCUCCGGCGGCCCACCGACAUUUAUAUCGACCAUUGCCGCACGGGAUGCGGCCAUUCGCAUUGCCAGCGACAUCAUUGGCUCCACACUGGCGGCGGCGGAUGAGCUGACGCGCGGCCUGGCCGCCAGCAACAUCAGCGACAGCGUCAACGACCUAAGCGGUGAGCAAAUCUACUCCAAUCCACACACAGCCAACACAGCAGGUGCAACAGGUGAUGAGCAGCAGUCAGGUGCGGGUGUGGGUCUGGGUCUGGGCUUGGGUGUUGCUGCCACGCGUUCGCUUGCCUCCUCGCACUCGAAUUCCAUACAGGAUCUCAUGCGCAGCGCCACAGAGGAUCUGCUGGACACCACGCAACAGGUGAUCGAGACCAAUCAACAUACCAUAGAUCUCUUCGAGCAGGCCUUGAACGACUUCCAGGCGCUCACGCUGCGCAACUUUGCCGAUUCCAGUGACGAGGACGACGACGAUGACGAUGAUGAUGAAGACGUUAAUGAUAUCGAAAAUGGGGGUACUGAGAGCAAUGGAAGCGAUGCAGCUGAGGCGAUCGAGGCGAGCGAACCACACGAUGAACACAAUGGGCCAUUGGGUUUCUAAUUUCCGAUUCACAAUUUCACAAAAGAGAAGAAAAAGAAAAUGCUUAAAGCUCGAAACGCGAACGAUGUUCCUUUAGAAAUGUCAACAUUUCAGAAUGUUAACUAGAGAAAUGAGGCGCGUACCUGAGAAUCUAAAUCUAUAAAACAAACAAAACCGAAAGUGAUGCUACAGAUGAGAGAGACAGCCUACAGGGUAACAAACAUACAUACAUACACUUAGUGCAUAUACAAAUUCCUUAUCAAUCUGAACCUGAGCAACUAUUAACUAUGUAUAUACCAUACUAAACUGAGCUAGAUGUGAUCUGGAAAGCAGUAAUAUCAAAUGGUCCCUAAGGAGUAUGAAGAGAAAAGCUCAAAGAGAACAGCUUCUCAUUUAGAGAUAAUCAGAAAUACGUUUCUGUUAGUAAAACCUAAAAUAUUGAACCUUAGGCAGGUUUUUCUUGAUAGUCGCUAAAGGUAAAACAAAUUAAAAUCUCAUUGAGGAAUUUUCCCUUCCUUCUGCUAUUAUAUACUAUAUAUAUGCGCAACUAUACCAAAAUAUUGAAAAUAUCCCGAGCCAAUUAAGCAACCACCAAGAAUGCGUAGUGUGAGAUGGACAAUACAUAUAAAUUCGAUUGGGUUUUCGAUGGGAUGCAAUUCGGCUUACAUCUAAUCCCCCGACAUGAGACACCCUGUACUCGUAUUAUAUCAUAAGUCGCCGUUAAGUGCGUUAAACAAACAAUUUCUGUGAAAAUUUUAAUUAUAAUUAUUAUAAAAUAAGUUAUAUAUUAGAGAGAGCAUUUCGUUGGGUUAGCAAUUGAGUUUCUCGACAGGUCAAUCAAUGGAGAAUUGUUAUUUAUUUCAUUUAACCUUAACUUAAAAUCAUUAGCUCAAUUGUGCCUAAUCGAAAUGCAUUUAAUUAUAUAUAUGUAUGUAUAUAUACAUAUGUGUAUAUUGCCUAUAUUAAUAUAUAUGUAUGUAUAUUUUGUGACUACUGUUUUAUAGAUUCGAUUUGUACCCCGCCAUCACAUCUAACUGUGAAAUGCCUAUUCGUAGCUAUACUUAUGUCAACGUUAUUCCUAAAGCUCUACUGAGUACAUGCGCCAGAGCUCCCCCAACCCCUAUUCCGGUAAUAUAUACAACAAAUAUCCAAAAACAGAA